GAUAAACCGAAAGCCGCGAAGAAAAGUCACCCCACAGGAAAAAUUUCACGGGAUGAAAAUUGGGUGUCUGCUCAUUGAUUUGCCUUAUGCUAUUAGGUGCAUGGCACAGUGGCAGAUUCCUCAUACCUGACAGCAUUCGAGAACAAACAGAACAACAACCAUGGCCAAGAGAGAAUUUCAAGACAGAGACAGCUCAGAGCUCAGAGCAAAGAAGAAAUCAAAGAGCGACAAGCAUACAAAGACAAAAACUCACGGGUCUGAUUUGAAGGCGCAGGAAACAAGAAAUACUGAGCCUGCUAUGUUGGAUGAUGUAUCCCAGGCAGAUAUAGAAAGGUUCUUUACCGAGAACUCGGUCCAGAUAAAAGACACAUUGCAGGGAGAUACAAACCCUGAUCCUAUUCUUGAAUUCUCUCACCUUCCUUCCUGCGACAGUGGGCUGUACCAACCCUUGGACUCGUUCACAUCUCCCACUGCCAUCCAAUCAGCAACUUGGCCACUUUUGUUCACAGGCCGUGAUUUGAUUGGCAUUGCCGAGACCGGGAGUGGGAAAACGCUUGCUUUCGGCUUACCAUGCUUGAAGAAAAUACAAGACUCCACAAAGAAAAGAAAGGAGAGGUCUUCCCAGCCAAUGGCUGUUAUGAUCUCCCCGACAAGAGAGCUUGCAAUGCAGAUUCAUGACCAGAUUUCAAAGUUUGCUGAACCAGUGGGGAUCAAAGUGGCAUGCAUCUUUGGUGGUGUGAAGAAGGACGAGCAACGCAGGGCUUUACAAACAGCAGCUAUAGUUGUGGCGACGCCAGGAAGGCUGAAAGAUCUCCAGAAUGAUGGCUCGGUCGAUCUCGGGAAAGUCAAGUACCUUGUCUUGGAUGAGGCAGAUCGUAUGCUCGACAAGGGAUUUGAACAAGACAUCAAGGACAUCAUCCGCCCUAUGCCAGUAUCCAAACGCCAAACUGUUAUGUUUACAGCAACUUGGCCUCCGGUUGUGAGAGACCUCGCUUCAACAUUCAUGACUACACCUGUUACAGUCACAAUUGGGGGGGAGCCAUCAGCUGAUCCUCGCGCGAACACAAGAAUCAAGCAGAUUGUGGAGGUGGUGAAACCGCAUGAAAAGGAACAAAGACUUGUGCAGCUAUUGAACCAGCAUCAAAAAGGAGAAUCAAAAUCUGAUAAAAUUUUGGUCUUCUGCUUGUACAAGAAGGAGGCCGUUCGCGUGGAGAGGCUUCUCUGGAAUAAAGGGUUCAAAGUAGCCGGUAUUCAUGGCGAUCUAGGCCAACAGGAGCGAUUCAGAAGCCUCGAGGCUUUCAAGAAAGGCGAUGCAACAGUGCUUGUUGCAACAGAUGUUGCAGCCCGUGGGCUAGAUAUCCCUUCAGUCAAGCUUGUGAUAAAUGUCACAUUUCCCCUUACUGUUGAGGACUAUGUACAUCGAAUUGGACGGACUGGUCGUGCUGGUGCCGAUGGCCAUGCAAUAACCCUAUUUACCGAGGUUGACAAGGCCCAGUCUGGCGCUUUAAUAAAUGUUCUUAAAGCGGCCAAACAAGAAGUCCCAGAAGCUCUUCUCAAAUUCGGAGGAACGGUAAAGAAGAAGCAACAUGGUGCGUAUGGUGCGUUUUUCAAGGAUGUCGACUCGGACAAAACGGCAACCAAGAUUCUGUUUGAUGAUUGAUUUGGAGAUCAUUCGCCUUUGGGCUUUGAAGUUUUUGAUCUCACUACUUCACAUGCUUUUUUAUAGUGCAUCAUCAGGUAUCUCCGUUCAAGAUAUGACACUAGAACGAGGUAAAUUGCGCAAUGCACGAAUCCUUCCCUGACAUGGUUAUAGUUUGGGUUAUACGCCCUCCUUAAAGCUAUUAUCGUAGACAUCAAGACUGCAGC